CGCCCCCUUUUGUGUCUCCCCUCAGACCGGUGGGCCACUGGGGGAGCCGCGGCCGCCCCCGCGCCCGGGGGUCGUUCCCACGCAUCCUCCCGGCGGCGGGCAGGAAGAGGCGGCGGCGGCCGGAGCCGGGGUGGGCGGCCUGAGGUGCGAGCCGGCCAGCCCCGCUGGGAAUAUGGCGACCGGUGGCUACCGGGCCAGCGGCGGCAGCACCACAGACUUCCUGGAGGAGUGGAAGGCGAAGCGGGAGAAGAUGCGCGCCAAGCAGAACCCCCCGGAGGAUGAACCCGCAGGCGGCGCCGCCGCCUCCUCGUCGGGGGCACAGCCAGCCCGGGGCGACGAGGAGGAGCCGGACGGCGCCCCGGAGAAGGGCAGGAGCUCAGGCCCCAGUGCCAGGAAAGGCAAGGGGCAGAUCGAGAAGAGGAAGCUGCGGGAGAAGCGGCGCUCCACCGGCGUGGUCAACAUCCCCGCGGCGGAGUGUCUAGAUGAAUAUGAAGAUGAUGAAGCUGGACAGAAAGAGCGGAAAAGAGAAGAUGCAAUUACACAACAGAAUACGAUGCAGAAUGAAGCUGCAAGUUUAUUAGAUACAAGCACUUCCUGUCUGCUUCAAGAGCCAUCUAGAACAGUUUCAGGCAGAUACAAAAGUACAACCACUGCAUCUGAAGAAGAUGUCUCAAGUAGACAUACCCGAGCAGACAGAAAUGCGUUCAGCAGAUACAGGGAUGCAAAUGCUUCAGGUAAUUUGGUCUCAAGUAGCACAUUGGAAAAGAAAAUUGAAGAACUUGAAAAGGAAAUAAUAAAAGAAAGACAAGAAAAUUUAAGGCUUGUGAGACUAAUGCAAGAUAAAGAGGAAAUGAUUGGAAAACUCAAAGAAGAAAUUGAUUUGUUAAAUAGAGACCUAGAUGACAUAGAAGAUGAAAAUGAGCAACUAAAGCAGGAGAAUAAAACUCUUUUGAAAGUUGUGGGACAGCUAACAAGGUAGAAGAUUCAAGGCUCAGUGUGGAAAAUAUAUUUUAAACUACUGAUUGAAUGUUAUGGUUAAGGUUAGGGCAAUAUUCCUGUGCUGCAAUACAUAAAACUGUGUAUAUUUAUUUCUAGAAAACAGUGAAUGUUUAUUUUCAAAUAUUUGUAUUGUUAGCUUCAAAAAAGUAUCAAGCUUUUUUUUUUAUGAAUAACAACUUUCAAUUAUUAAAAUAGGUUAUGCCUCCUUUGGUUUUUGUGAUAUUCAAGUAAUAUAUGAUUUAAAGUCACAACCAUUUGAGUAUGUUUUAUCUGUGGUAGCACAUUUUCUUAAUGAAAAAUACAUAGUCUUUGUUUACAUGAAUUCAAAUACUUUUGGGGAAUUACCUGAAAAUGCCUUAUUACUGAUGUGUUCGACCUUUUAUGUUUUGAUGAUUUACUGAUAAAAAUCUUUGUCUAUUUUCAUUUUUUAUUUCAACUUAUUCUAAGCAAUUUAGAGUAAUACUGAGUCACACUCUUGUAUACAGUCAUCUUUGAAAAGGAGAGCUGUUAUAAAAAGCCACUUAAUAUCAUGCACUAGCUGACUGAAUAUAAAAUUUAAAAGAAUA